UUUUUCUAUUAAAACCUUCUAAAAAAAAAAAAUAUUAUUUAUUUAGACAAAAUGUCUUUCGAAUAUCUUCAAGAAGUUUCCAAUGAUUUUGAAAAUUUACUUGAAACAGACGAAGAGUAUGACGUUAUUAUAUAUGCUGGUGAAAAUGAAGCUUUAAAAGAAAUACAUGCACAUUCACUUGUUUUACGUACAAGGUCACAAUAUUUUCGUACGGGAUUUUCUAAGAAAUGGGCUGAGAAAAAGGAUGGAAAAUUUAUUUUUAAAAAGCCUAAUAUUUCUCCUAAAAUUUUUAACAUCAUUUUAAGGUUCAUUUAUUGCGGAAAGAUUAAUUUAGCUAAUUUACAAGGUUCAGAAAUAUUAAAAUUUUUAAUGGCAGCGGAUGAACUUAAUAUCCAAACUUUAAUCCCUUGUAUUCAAGAGUAUUUAAUUAAUCAUCGACAUGAGUUUUUGCGACAGCAAAAUUCUAUAGAGAUUCUUGAAACAAUUUAUCAGCAUGAAUCGUUCAAGGAUUUAUGGAAUUUUUAUCUUGAAAAAAUUUGUGAAGAACCCGAAAUAUUAUUUAAAUCUGAAAAAUUUAUUAAUUUAAAGGCACCUUUAUUGGAAUUACUUUUAAAACGGGAUGAUUUAAAUUUAGAUGAAAUUAUUAUGUGGGAUAAUUUAAUCAAGUGGUGUUUGGCACAACAUUCAAAUGUCUCGCAAGAUGUUAAGAAUUGGAAUAAGGAAGAUGUUACAAUUAUGGAAAGAGCUAUUCAUAGAUUUAUUCCCCUAAUUAGGUUUUAUGAUAUCUCUCCAGAAGAUUUUCUUUCGAAAGUAUUUCCUUAUAAGGGAUUGUUGCCAGAUGAUUUAAUUAGCAAUAUACUUACUUUUCAUAUGGUACCAAAUAAGCUAAAUAUUAAUGUACAACCUUCCAGGAAACCAAAAAAUAUCUAUGAUUCAACUUUAAUCAAAUCUCAACAUUUUGCCAUUUUUGCAAGUUGGAUUGAAAAGAAAAAUAAUUCUCAUUAUAAUGUGAGAAAUAUUCCUUAUUGUUUUAACUUGCUUUAUCGUGCUAGUAGAGAUGGUAAUACACCCGCAACAUUUCAUAAUAAGUGCGAUAAUAAGGGAGCUACUAUUGUCGUUGUUAAGGUCAAAAAUACAGAACAAAUAGUUGGGGGAUAUAAUCCUCUUUUCUGGGAUUCAUAUUAUGGUCCAGUAUUUGGUAGUAGUGAUUUAUAUGAUGAUUCUUCGAGAAAUCUUGGAACUUGGUGUGGAAAUUCAAAUAAUUCCUAUGAUAUAGUUCAUAGUAUGCCAAUACAUAAUUUCGAGGUAGAUGAUUAUGAAGUAUUUCAAGUUGUUAAAAGAUGAUUAAAAUUUAUUCUACUUUACAAUAUUUUUAUUUUCGAUAUACUUAUUUAUUAACAGUACGUUAAUAGUAUGUUAGUUUUUAAUAUUGUUGUAUUUAUGUAUUAUUUACGAAA